AGAGACCUCGCGGGCAGAUGUCAGCUCCCAACCGCCGUAAUCUUCCUCGCAGCCCUGACUCCUGAACCAACAAUGUCAUGUCCCAACAACGUAGCUACGGGGUCGUUUCUCAUGGAUUCUCUGGUGGGACCCUCCGCGUACCGAAGUGAGGGGUAUUCGGCCGCCUCCGGGAUGUACAUGCAGACGGGCGCCGAGUAUGGCUGUACAGUGAUGAGGAACUGUGGAAUCCUGCCUUCCUCUCUCCCCAAGAGGGACGAACUCAGCCCGGUCAGCCUGCCUCUCGGCUCCUACCACCCCUCGCCUUACCUGGCGCAGCUGGACACGUGGGGGGGGGACCCCAAGGGCUCGUGCAGGACAGACCAACCUGUUGCCAGACCCCUGCCCUCCUGCUCCUUCCCGGCGGGCAACGUCAAGGAGGAAAGUAUGUGCUGCAUGUUCCGGGCGGAUGUCAACGGGGCCAAGGGGCCGGGGGAACCGACCACCUACACCCGACUCGGGGCGGAAAGGAGCCCGCCACAGCGCGCGGUGCCGGUGCCCGGCUACUUCCGCGUCAGCCAGGGUUACCCGGGGGAGAAGGCGCAGGAGGAGGGGGAGUUCGGCCCUGGUUUCUCCUCGGUGGGCAGCCUGGCGUCUCCCAGCGAGACCGCCGCGGUUGCCGGGGUGCCCGUGCCCGAGGCUUUCUCGGAAAACGGCGAGCACGACCGGGACUCGGGCCCCGCCGGCGUCAAGAGCGAAGACGCCGCGGCGGCGAAGAGAUUAGCCGAACCCGAGCCGGAGCGGCUCUCCAAGACGGACAGCAGCACGGACAUCUCGGACAGCGAAGCGAAAGAGAACUCGAAAGCCGAAAAAGUCGCAGGAAACUGGCUGACAGCGAAGAGCGGGCGGAAGAAGAGGUGCCCGUACACAAAGCACCAGACGCUGGAACUGGAGAAGGAGUUCUUGUUUAACAUGUAUCUGACUCGGGAGCGCCGCCUGGAGAUCAGCCGGAGUAUUAACCUCACCGACAGACAAGUGAAGAUCUGGUUUCAGAACCGGAGAAUGAAAUUGAAGAAACUCAACAGGGAGAGCCGAGUGCGAGAGCUGUCUACAGGUUACAGCUACACCUGAGAAGCCUUCCACCGCUUCCAAACAACCACAACCACAGCAGCAAAAAGAUUGAAAUAAAAAAAAGCAGAGCAUGCAGUUUCCGUCGUCCGACAGCCAAAAACAUAAACUCAGUUUUUUAAAAUAAAACCGACGAGUAGCAUUUCAAUACAGAAUUAAAAAAAAUGGGCAGGUUCUCGAGUCAGGUGAAAUAUCUGUAUAACCUUUCGAUUGUUAAAGAAAUAUCUUUGUAAGGACUUUCUUGGAAGUGUGGGGCGCUCUUCUGACAGCGAUACGGUUUUGAAAAUGGAAUUAUAUUGUUUGUGCAUUGUGUCCAAAGUGAAAAUGCGUUUCUUCCACUGUCUGUAUGUAAAAGAAAAAAACUGACACACACUUUGCCCUGCAAUUUCAUUCAUCGUGUUGAAAUUUAUUUUAUGUUAUUUUCGUGGAUGUGUUAUUUGUAACGAGCUGUUGUUGUUUUUUUUCUCCCUUCGGUGCACUAUUUAAUAUGACCUGUUGUAUUUGCAUGUACUUUGCUUCACUGAGCAAUAACAUAUCUGAUAUAUAGAGAGAGAGAGAGAAAGAGAAAAAAUAAAAAUACAUUUUUUUUGUAGA